AUGACAGCUGGCUCCGUUUCUGUUCCUCAGGUCAUACCACUUCGAAUCCCUCUUCCAGGGAAGGCUAAAUGGGAAAUAGACACAAAUACCUUCAUAGAAAUAAAAUCAGAUGGAAGUAAGCCAGAACUCAUCAGGAAACCUGGCUAUGGAGAAUGUAGCACUUUUAAGUAUAAAGGUCCUAUCAUACUACCAGUUGGGAAAAUAAUGGUAAAGGCACUGGCAGUUACAAAGGACUGCAGGAAGAGCACAGUUGUAACAAAGGUGUUUCUGGUAGAGUACAAGCAACCAAACAUCCUUUGCUCUGUUGAAGAUAACACCAAGAAUUUCCUAAAAGAUAGCACCACACAGGAGGGGGAAGGUGGAACAUUGACUACAAAACCAAAGAAGAAUCGAGUGAAUUUGCAAAUCAAGCCUGCCUGGAGUGAAGCACCCCAAGAUUUUCAAGACUUGGAAACAGAAAGAAAGAUUACUCACAGGUCUCUGCGUGGGCCAAAGUUGCUUGUCAGUCAUUUGGAAGCAACAGAGCACAGAGAUGGAUCCCUCUCAGCAUUGCCAACAGAGUCAUUGCAGUUUGCCAGUUCUUCUGCCUUGACUAGCCGGAGAAGUUUAGCAAACACACAGAUGUCAAGGAUCCAGAGGGAAACACAUUUCCUCAGAUGUCCACACUGUUCUGCACCUCGCCUAUCUGACCCCUUGGCUCACUUCUGUCAGGAAUGUGGAUCUCCCAUCCCACCUGUGCCAGUAAAUCGCUUUCCAUCCCCUGAAGGAGCACAGAUGGCUCCGUGUCUUGAAUGCAAACAUCUUGUGCCAACGAAUACUCCCACUUGCAUUGUGUGUGAGUCACCAAAAGCUCCACAGCUGCAGCCCCAAACCAACAGCUGCAUAAAGGGUAAAGUAAUUUGUCAGGUGUGUGGCACAGGAAAUCCUCUUCACCACAAACACUGUGUGACUUGUGAAAGCAAACUGCCUGAACUGCAGCUGCCAGGGUUUGGAGGAGACACUCCACCACCCUACCACGGCCAGCAGAAGGAGACUGUUUCAUGCUCCAAAUGCCAUCGUGUGAACCGGUCUGAUGCCCGUUUCUGUGACUGGUGUGGAGCCAAGCCUGGACCUCCUCCAUCCUAUUUUGCUUGUUUCAAGUGUGGUACAAGCAACCAGCCCUACGCUCGCUUCUGUGGGUCCUGUGGUGUUUACAUAGAGCCUCCAUCAAGGCUGGGUUCUCCCAACAGCAGUCUCAUGGAUGCUGGGAACUCACUGGGGUUCUCUGAGGCUAAACAAUUUCAAGCUCGAGUUGCCUGGCAGCCUCUUCCUAUUGCCUUGCCAAAAACAAGAGCAGAACUGAAAGAAAGAGAAGAGAAAGGAACCCAAACCAUUGGACUUUUUUACCCAUCUAGCAAACUGCUGGAAAAGAAGGAGCUGGAGCUGAUUUCCCAACAGGAAAAGCUGGAAAAGAUGAGUGACCGGAAGCCUCUUCUGACAGCAAUUAGUCCAGGAAAAGGUUACUGGAGAAAACAGCUGGAUCAUGUCUGUGCUCACCUUAGAAGCUAUGCUCAGAACAACCUCAAAUUCAGAGCACUGAUUGGAGAACCUCGAAUGGGAAAGAUGAAUUCUGCUACCAUCUGUGAGGGUGACUGUGAAGUCACCAUUACACUGAAUUAUGCUCUUGCUGUUAAGAAGGAUACUCCUACUAAUAAACCAGGGAAGUUCAACAGUCAUGACCUGAAUACUGCAGCAGAAGGCAGAGAUGGACAGGAUGGCAGUCAAACCAGUUUGGGCAAAGAGGAUCAUUAUCUUUUCCAUCCAAGAGGUGAAAUAAGGAGAGCAAAGCUGAGAACACUUGUAGGAAAAGAAGAGAAGCUCCCUCCAGAGUCUAGACAACUCCUGGAUGAACUGGGUCCAAAUGGGAAAGGAAGAAUCACCUUGGUAGAACAGUUGCUCAGUGAAGGGGCUGACCCAAACUGCAGCAGCGAGGAGGACCGGCCUGCUCUCACCAUUGCUGUCCUUAACAGGCAUGCAGAAGUCAUUCCCCUUCUUGUGCAGAAAGGUGCUGACAUUGACCAGCAGUCAGGGCUGCACAAUAACACUGCUCUCCAUGAGGCAGUUCUGCUUGGAUCGGAGGGAGAGGAGUGCAUCCGAGCCCUGCUACGCUGCCAUGCAAGCCUGGAAAAGCAGAAUGCAGAAGGGCAGUCGGCCUAUGAUUUGGCUGUCACAGCUGGAAACGACCAAGUUCUUUCCCUGUUCCCAAGUCAGCUUGGACAGGGAACGCUGGAGAGACUCAGAAAACCCAGGGACGUUGAUCCUGUCAGCGUGUGA